CAUGAGUCCUUUGAGUCCUUGGGAGCUGCACAUACUUCUCUGCAGCAGGGCUGUCCCCCCUCUCUCUGGCGUGUUCAUGCUUGCAGCAGAGCCAUGAUUUUCCUCUCUCUGCCCAGCUGCCUUGCAGAAGACUCAUUCUCUCCGUGGCUUUUUGCCUUCCAGGUAGAGCCACAGGCCUGCCCGUUCCCGUGCCAGUGUCCCUCGCAGCCUCUGCAGUGCCCUGCGGGUACCAGCUGCACGUGGGAUGCCUGUGGCUGCUGCAGGGCGUGUGCCCAACAGCUGGGCGAGCUCUGCUCCUUGCACAGGCCCUGUGGCCAUCACAAGGGCUUCUACUGCCACUUCUCCAAAAUCCACCGAGGCAGCGGGAUCUGCUGAGCUCACGAGGACACAACGUGUGACCUGCUGGGCAAGAUCUACCUCAAUGGGGAGAGCUUCCAGCCCACGUGCAAGCUGCAGUGCAUCUGCAUGGAUGGGGCCAUUGGCUGCAUCCCGCUCUGCUCUGACGACCUGUGCCUGCCAUCCCCAGAGGGCCCCAACCCCCGGAGGGUGAAGUUCCACAGCAAGUGCUGUGAGGAGUGGGUGUGUGAGGAGAGCAGUGAGGAGAGCCGCUUUGGAACAGCCGUGGCAGUUUUCAGGGACAAUCCAGCUCACAAGCCAGAGCUGAACAAGCUGCAGGAGAACUGCCUGGUGCAGACCAUAGACCCGUGCUCCCACAGCUGUGGAAUGGGCAUCUCCGCCCGCGUGACCAACAACAACCCCCAGUGCCGCUUGGAGAAGGAGACCCGGCUCUGCAUGCUCCGGCCUUGUGACUUCUCCACGGAGAAAACCAAGAAGAAGGGGAAGAAGUGUGUGCGGAGCCCAAGGCAGCGCCAGCGCCUCCACUUUGAGUUUUCGGGAUGCACCAGCACCCACUCCUACCGGCCCCGGUUCUGCUGCAGCUGCUCGGACGGGUGCUGCUGCACCCCGUUCCUGACCAGCACCGUGGCUAUGGAGUUCAGCUGCCCUGAGGGGGACUUCUUCCAGAGGAAGAUGAUGUUCAUCAAGAUGUGCUCCUGCCACUAUGACUGCCCCCGAGACAAUGACAUUUUCCUGGCCAUGUAUCACCGUCGGAUGAUUGGUGACCACGUCAAGGCUGUGCAGCAAUAGCCCUGUCUUGCCAGGUCUGAGGUGUGCAGAACAGCUCUGCAGUGCUUUUGUGGCUGUGUCCUGGGCCAAUGCAGCCUCUUCCCCUUCUGUGAAGGGCUGUGCCUUCCACAGGAGCACUGUUCACACCUGUGGUCCUUGUGGUUUUUCCAGCUGCCCC